CGCCGAGGAUGUACAAGCAGUCCAUGGCGCAGAGAGCGCGGACCAUGGCCCUCUACAACCCCAUCCCCGUCCGACAGAGCUGCCUCACGGUCAACCGGUCCCUGUUCCUCUUCAGCGAGGACAGCGUGGUGAGAAAAUACGCCAAAAAGAUCACCGAAUGGCCUCCCUUUGAAUAUAUGAUUUUAGCCACCAUCAUAGCAAACUGCAUCGUCCUGGCUCUGGAGCAACACCUGCCUGAUGAUGACAAGACCCCCAUGUCGGAACGACUGGAUGACACAGAGCCGUACUUCAUUGGAAUUUUUUGUUUCGAAGCUGGAAUUAAAAUCAUCGCCCUUGGGUUUGCCUUCCACAAAGGCUCCUACCUGAGAAACGGCUGGAACGUCAUGGACUUUGUGGUGGUGCUCACGGGCAUCUUGGCGACAGUCGGGACGGAGUUUGACCUGCGGACGCUGAGAGCCGUUCGAGUGCUGCGGCCGCUCAAGCUGGUGUCUGGAAUCCCAAGUUUACAAGUCGUCCUGAAGUCCAUCAUGAAGGCCAUGAUCCCCUUGCUGCAGAUCGGCCUCCUCCUAUUUUUUGCAAUCCUCAUUUUUGCAAUCAUAGGGUUAGAAUUUUAUAUGGGGAAAUUUCAUACCACCUGCUUCGAAGAAGGGACAGAUGACAUUCAGGGUGAGUCUCCGGCUCCAUGCGGGACAGUGGAACCCGCCCGCACCUGCCCCAAUGGGACCAAAUGUCAGCCCUACUGGGAAGGGCCCAACAACGGGAUCACUCAGUUCGACAACAUCCUGUUUGCAGUGCUGACCGUCUUCCAGUGCAUCACCAUGGAAGGGUGGACGGAUCUCCUGUACAAUAGCAACGAUGCCUCAGGGAACACUUGGAACUGGCUGUACUUCAUCCCCCUCAUCAUCAUCGGCUCCUUUUUUAUGCUGAACCUUGUGCUGGGUGUGCUGUCAGGGGAGUUUGCCAAAGAAAGGGAGCGGGUGGAGAACCGACGUGCUUUCCUGAAGCUGAGACGGCAACAGCAGAUUGAGCGAGAGCUCAAUGGGUACAUGGAGUGGAUCUCAAAAGCAGAAGAAGUGAUCCUCGCGGAGGAUGAAACCGAUGGAGAGCAGAGGCAUCCCUUUGAUGUUGGAGCUCUGCGGAGAGCCACCAUAAAGAAAAGCAAGACAGACUUGCUCAACCCUGAGGAGGCUGAGGAUCAGCUAGCCGACAUCGCCUCUGUGGGGUCUCCCUUCGCUCGAGCCAGCAUUAAAAGUGCCAAGCUGGAGAACUCGACUUUUUUUCACAAAAAGGAGAGGAGGAUGCGUUUCUACAUCCGCCGCAUGGUCAAAACUCAGGCCUUCUACUGGACUGUGCUCAGUCUGGUAGCCCUCAACACGCUGUGUGUUGCUAUCGUCCACUACAACCAGCCCGAGUGGCUCUCCGACUUCCUCUACUAUGCAGAAUUCGUUUUCUUAGGACUCUUUAUGUCCGAAAUGUUUAUAAAAAUGUACGGGCUCGGGACGCGGCCUUACUUCCACUCUUCCUUCAACUGCUUUGACUGUGGGGUUAUCAUUGGGAGCAUCUUCGAGGUCAUCUGGGCCGUCAUCAAACCUGGCACAUCCUUUGGAAUCAGCGUGUUACGAGCUCUCAGGUUAUUGCGUAUUUUCAAAGUCACAAAGUACUGGGCGUCUCUCAGGAACUUGGUCGUCUCCCUUCUCAACUCCAUGAAAUCCAUCAUCAGCCUGUUGUUCCUCCUCUUUCUCUUUAUCGUCGUCUUCGCCCUUUUGGGAAUGCAACUCUUCGGUGGCCAGUUUAACUUCGAUGAAGGAACGCCUCCCACCAACUUCGACACCUUUCCAGCAGCAAUAAUGACGGUGUUUCAGAUCCUGACGGGCGAGGACUGGAACGAGGUCAUGUACGAUGGCAUCAAGUCGCACGGGGGCGUGCAGGGCGGCAUGGUGUAUUCCAUCUACUUCAUCGUGCUCACGCUCUUCGGGAACUACACCCUCCUGAACGUGUUCCUGGCCAUCGCAGUGGACAACCUGGCCAACGCCCAGGAGCUCACCAAGGAUGAACAAGAAGAAGAAGAGGCAGCCAACCAAAAACUUGCCCUCCAGAAAGCCAAGGAGGUGGCAGAAGUGAGUCCUCUGUCCGCGGCCAACAUGUCCAUAGCUGUAGAGAACCAGGGUUCCGGGGUCCCCGUGUCGGGCCCCAACCUGUCAACCACCCGGCCAAUCCAGCAGGACCUGGGCCGCCAAGACCCUCCGCUGGCCGAGGACAUCGACAACAUGAAGAACAACAAGCUGGCCACCGCGGAGUCCGCCAACCCCCGCGACAGCCUGGGCCACACCGGCCUGCCCCAGAGCCCAGCCAAGAUGGGCAACAGCACCGACCCUGGGCCCACGCCGGCCCCACCCGCCACGGCCACCAACCCCCAGAAUGCCGCCAGCCGCCGGACACCCAACAACCCGGGGAACCCGUCCAACCCUGGUCCCCCCAAAAACCCCGAGAACAGCCUUAUCGUCACCAACCCCAGCAGCGCCCAAACCAGCUCAGCUAAGACUGCCAGGAAGCCUGACCACACUGCGGUGGACAUCCCCCCCGCCUGCCCAGCCCCCCUCAACCACACUGUCGUCCAAGUGAACAAAAACGCCAACCCAGACCCACUGCCAAAAAAGGAGGAAGAGAAGAAGGAGGAGGAGGAAGAUGACCCUGGAGAAGACGGCCCCAAGCCCAUGCCCCCCUACAGCUCCAUGUUUAUCCUCUCCACCACCAACCCCCUUCGCCGCCUGUGCCAUUACAUCCUGAACCUGCGCUAUUUUGAGAUGUGCAUCCUCAUGGUCAUCGCCAUGAGCAGCAUCGCCCUGGCGGCCGAGGACCCCGUGCAACCCAACGCGCCCCGGAACAAUGUGCUGCGGUAUUUCGACUACGUAUUUACAGGCGUCUUUACGUUUGAGAUGGUCAUCAAGAUGAUCGACCUGGGUCUCGUCCUGCACCAGGGCGCCUACUUCCGCGACCUCUGGAACAUUCUCGACUUCAUUGUGGUCAGUGGGGCCCUGGUGGCCUUUGCCUUCACGAGCAGUACACGUGGCAAUAGCAAAGGAAAGGACAUCAACACAAUUAAAUCCCUCCGAGUCCUCCGGGUGCUACGACCUCUUAAAACCAUCAAGCGGCUGCCGAAGCUCAAGGCCGUGUUUGACUGUGUGGUGAACUCGCUCAAGAACGUCUUCAACAUCCUCAUCGUCUACAUGCUCUUCAUGUUCAUCUUCGCCGUGGUGGCCGUGCAGCUCUUCAAGGGGAAGUUCUUCCACUGCACAGACGAGUCCAAGGAGUUUGAGAAGGACUGCCGCGGCAAAUAUCUCCUCUAUGAGAAGAACGAGGUGAAAGCCCGGGACCGAGAGUGGAAGAAGUACGAGUUCCAUUAUGACAACGUGCUCUGGGCUCUGCUGACCCUCUUCACCGUGUCCACGGGGGAAGGCUGGCCCCAGGUCCUCAAACACUCGGUGGACGCCACCUUCGAGAACCAGGGCCCCAGCCCGGGGUACCGCAUGGAAAUGUCCAUCUUCUACGUCGUCUACUUCGUGGUCUUCCCCUUCUUCUUCGUCAACAUCUUUGUGGCCUUGAUCAUCAUCACCUUCCAGGAGCAGGGGGACAAGAUGAUGGAGGAGUACAGCCUGGAGAAGAAUGAGAGGGCCUGCAUCGACUUUGCCAUCAGCGCCAAGCCGCUGACGCGCCACAUGCCCCAGAACAAGCAGAGCUUUCAGUACCGCAUGUGGCAGUUUGUGGUGUCCCCGCCCUUCGAGUACACCAUCAUGGCCAUGAUCGCCCUCAACACCAUCGUCCUCAUGAUGAAGUUCUACGGGGCCUCACCUGCUUAUGAGAACGCUCUAAGGGUGUUCAACAUCGUCUUCACCUCCCUCUUCUCUCUGGAGUGUGUGCUGAAAGUCAUGGCUUUCGGGAUCCUGAAUUAUUUCCGUGAUGCCUGGAACAUCUUCGACUUUGUGACUGUUCUGGGCAGCAUCACCGACAUCCUUGUGACGGAGUUUGGGAAUCCGAAUAACUUCAUCAAUCUGAGCUUCCUCCGCCUCUUCCGAGCUGCUCGGCUCAUCAAACUCCUCCGUCAGGGCUACACCAUCCGCAUUCUCCUCUGGACCUUUGUACAGUCCUUCAAGGCCCUGCCCUACGUCUGCCUGCUGAUCGCCAUGCUGUUCUUCAUCUACGCCAUCAUCGGGAUGCAGGUGUUUGGCAACAUCGGCAUCGACAUCGAGGACGAGGACAGUGAUGAGGACGAGUUCCAAAUCACUGAGCACAAUAACUUCCGGACCUUCCUCCAGGCCCUGAUGCUCCUCUUCCGGAAGGGCUGCUGCUACAAGCCCCACCCCCCAGCCCCCAGCUUCUCCUGCAUGGCGCCAGGCUCCCACUCACCCCAAGCCUCCAGGCUGCUUCCAAGGGGGGAAAAGGGGCCCCAAAUGCAUCUUCUCGGACUCAGCGGGCAGCGAGGACUCACCCUGCAGCCGAACCGCCCCAGCUCCCUCCCGUCCUCCCCAUUCCCGCUCCUCGCCAAGGGGAAUAACUUCAUCAAUCUGAGCUUCCUCCGCCUCUUCCGAGCUGCUCGGCUCAUCAAACUCCUCCGUCAGGGCUACACCAUCCGCAUUCUCCUCUGGACCUUUGUACAGUCCUUCAAGGCCCUGCCCUACGUCUGCCUGCUGAUCGCCAUGCUGUUCUUCAUCUACGCCAUCAUCGGGAUGCAGGUGUUUGGCAACAUCGGCAUCGACAUCGAGGACGAGGACAGUGAUGAGGACGAGUUCCAAAUCACUGAGCACAAUAACUUCCGGACCUUCCUCCAGGCCCUGAUGCUCCUCUUCCGGAGUGCCACUGGGGAGGCCUGGCACAACAUCAUGCUGUCCUGCCUCAGCGGGAAGCCGUGUGAUAAAAACUCGGGCAUCCUGACUCCCGAUUGUGGCAAUGAGUUCGCUUAUUUUUACUUCGUUUCCUUCAUCUUCCUCUGCUCGUUCCUGAUGCUGAACCUCUUCGUUGCUGUCAUCAUGGACAACUUUGAGUACCUCACCCGAGACUCCUCCAUCCUGGGUCCUCACCACCUGGAUGAGUACGUGCGUGUCUGGGCCGAGUACGACCCUGCAGCUUGUGGUCGGAUUCACUAUAAGGAUAUGUACAGUUUAUUGCGAGUAAUAUCUCCCCCUCUCGGCUUAGGCAAGAAAUGUCCUCAUAGGGUUGCUUGCAAGAGGCUCCUGCGGAUGGACCUGCCAGUGGCAGACGAUAACACCGUGCACUUCAACUCCACCCUCAUGGCCCUGAUCCGCACAGCCCUGGACAUCAAGAUCGCUAAGGGCGGAGCUGACAAGCAGCAGAUGGACGCCGAACUGCGCAAGGAGAUGAUGGCCAUUUGGCCCAACCUGUCCCAGAAGACGCUAGACCUGCUGGUCACGCCUCACAAGUCCACGGACUUGACAGUGGGGAAGAUUUACGCUGCUAUGAUGAUAAUGGAGUACUACCGGCAGAGCAAGGCCAAGAAGCUGCAGGCCAUGCGUGAGGAGCAGAACCGGACACCCCUCAUGUUCCAGCGCAUGGAGCCCCCCUCUCCGACGCAGGAGGGUGGGCCUGGCCAGAACGCCCUCCCCCCCACCCAGCUGGACCCAGGAGGAGGCCUCAUGGCUCAUGACGGGGGUCUCAAGGAAAGCCCGUCCUGGGUGACCCAGCGGGCCCAGGAGAUGUUCCAGAAGACUAGCACGUGGAUGCCGGAGCGGGGACCGCCAACGGACAUGCCCAAUAGCCAGCCCAACUCUCAGUCUGUGGAGAUGCGAGAGAUGGGCAGAGACGGCUAUUCGGACAGUGAGCACUACCUCCCCAUGGAGGGCCAGGCCCGGGCCGCCUCCAUGCCCCGCCUCCCUGCCGAGAACCAGAGGAGAAGGGGCCGGCCACGUGGGAAUAACCUCAGUACGAUCUCAGACACCAGCCCCAUGAAGCGCUCGGCCUCUGUGCUGGGCCCCAAGGCCCGCCGCCUGGAUGACUAUUCCCUGGAGCGGGUGCCACCUGAUGAGAACCAGAGACACCACCAGCGACGCCGAGACCAAGACCGGGGCCACCGGGUCUCCGAGCGCUCCCUGGGCCGCUACACUGACGUGGACACAGGGUUAGGGACAGACCUGAGCAUGACCACUCAGUCUGGAGACCUGCCGUCGAAAGAUCGGGACCAGGAGCGGGGCCGGCCCAAGGACCGGAAACACCGCCACCACCACCAUCACCACCACCACCCUCCGCCCCACGACAAGGAGCGCUACGGCCAGGAGCGGCCUGACCACAGCCGGGCCCGCGCCCGGGACCCGCACUGGCCCCGCUCCCCCAGCGAGGGCAGAGAGCACAUGGCACACCGGCAGGGCAGUAGUUCCGUAAGUGGAAGCCCAGCCCCCUCAACAUCUGGUACCAGCACUCCGCGGCGGGGACGCCGCCAGCUCCCCCAGACCCCCUCCACCCCCCGGCCA